GUGUACAAGAUGGAACAACUUGUUUGACAAAAUAAUGAUCAAAAUAUUCUUCGCGCGGAUAGUUACUCUCAUUAUCUGAAGUAAUUAAAGUGAGAGAAUUUAUCAUAUCGUGAAUGAACGGCAACGAUAAAUUUUUAAAACGGACAUUUUGUUGCGCAUCCGUAUAGAGUGUAUCAGUUUAGAUAGACAGUGUUGCACUGUUACAUAUAUAUCAAAAUUUUGAUAUAAUAAUAGGCAAAGGCGCAUUAUCGUAUCAUGAAAUUAAUACGCAACAAUCAUAUGAUGCAAAUAUGCAUCGUAAUGAUAUGACGUAAAUAUGCACAAAGUAUAUAUCUGCCUGUACAUACCUUUUUCAAGAAUUGAUAUAUUGUCUUAUUAUUUAAUAGUAUUAAUAACAGAUACUUAUACGCAAAUUUUUCUAUUUGCAGUUGACACCAUUAAUAGUAUUAAAAUGUACCUCGGACCUUGUUACCAAAGUGUUGUCUACCGUAUCUUUCUUUACAAUAUUUAUAAUAAAAUAUAACGCAUUUCGUUUUAACAUUAAAGUUGUGAAAAAGUUAUUGAUGGAGCUUCAACAUAUACUGAACGAAUUAAGGGAUAAAAACGAAAUUGCUAUUGCAGAAAAAUAUAGUUGUAUCGCUAAUCGUUACACGAUUGCGUUUACGGCACUCGUAGUUAGUGGAAUAUUUGUUAGUAUUAUAGUUCAAUUUUGGUCAAUUUUAAUUAAUAUUGACGUACCGAUGAAUAUAUCUCACCAACGGUCACGUCAUUUAUUCAUUAUAACGGAGUAUUUCAUCGAUCAAGAGAAGUAUUUCUAUUUGAUUUUGUUCCAUAUGUACGUAGCUUUUUUCAUCGGAACGACUGUAAUGGUAGCAAUAGGUACAAUGCUUAUUACAUAUGCUCAACAUACCUGUGGAAUGUUUAGAAUUGCUAGCUAUCGUAUUAAACAUGCAAUGAGUAUCGACAUUUUACAAAACAUUACGCCAAAAAAUAAAAUUCUGAUGACCGAGGGCAUAAUUUAUGCGGUCGACAUUCACCGGCAAGCUAUGAAGUUUGUAUUUACGUCGACAAUAUUCGUGCAAUACCUACGUUUAAUAAUAUCUUUUUGUUUUGAAAGACUGUCUAAAGAUUUGUUGUCCGCAUUCGAGAUAAUGAUGUUUUGCUUAAUAACGUGUGGAGUGGUUUGUGUGAGCAUCAACCUAUUUCAAAUUGCAUCAUCUGGAAAUAAUGUUGAGGAAUUGUUGUUUCCGUUUAUGUUUCUAUUUGCUAGUGUCAUAUAUAUGUUUAUAGCCAACUAUAUCGGGCAGAAUGUAACGGAUCACAAUAAUUACGUAUUUUCUACUGCGUGAGAAACAUUUCAUGAAAUAGUAUAUAUAAAAGUUCAUCUUUCAAGAGUUGUUUCAUCAAUAAAAAUUAAUUAAUAUUACUGUAAAAUAA